CAGUUCGCCAGCGGCAUCUCGGAAGGAAAAAGGAAGAACCGCCGCCGCCGAUCUCGCCCGCGGCCGCGGCCAGAAGGCGGUCUGGGCGCCGCCAGCUCGCACCCGCCCGUCGAUGGCGAACCCGAGGAGGGCCAUCGCGCUGCAAAUCCACACCCAGACCCCGCCAUUCCCCGCGGCCGCCGCACCCUCGCCCUCCUCGCUCCUGCACUUCCUCAAGCGGCCGGCGUCCUUCCCCUUCCUCCUCUCCCUCUUCCUCCUCCUCACUUGGAUCUCCCUCCGCUUCCACCAACCCGCCCCCUCCGCCUCCCUUCGGCGUCCCGCCGUCGCCCACGACCCCCAGGCCAACCUCGUCCGCUACCCCGCCGCCCUCCACCCCACACCCAUCGCCGCCGACGGACGUGGAUGGCUCCUCGACCCUGUAGCCGCCGCCCGCGAUGCCGGCCUCCCAGGUGGGGCCCUGGUUUGUCUCUCGCUACAUGUAGGUGUUAUCCAGCCAGGCGGUUUGCGUGGCAACCAUCGUCACCAUACAUGCAACGAAACGUUUGUCAUCUGGGGCGCAAAGACAAAAUUCAGGUUAGAAAAUGCUGAAGUAAAAGAUAAAGGAUACGGAGAAGCUAUAAUUGCUGCUGAUGAGGUGGCCAUUGUUGCAAGCACAAGAUCAACUGCACACGCGUUGAUCAAUAUGGAUGUGCGCCCAACCUUCUUCUUGGGAUGUCAAGAUACACCGAUAAAUCCCAACAGUUCAAACACCGACUACAAGGUCUGGAAAGAUCUCUGACAGUCAUAUUGCUUCAUCGGUCUGAUGGUGGGCAGUCUUUCAAGGCUAAUAUGAUGUGAACCAUGCCUGUAUAUAGUUGAGGACUUGAGGUGACGCUUGCAGCUGGCUUCCCUAGUUCUCUUGUCUGAAUUUUUUGGUAGCAAGGGAAGUCAUGUUGUUACUAAUGUUGUUUUCUCGUGCAUAUAAUCACAAGUCAUGUACUCUUUUGUCUCAGUCAGUUAUACUAGUGUUCACAAAUCCACCUUCUUUGUUUCAA